AUGUCGACUACAACUACAACUACCACUACUACCGCCACGGCUGUGAAUACCACAGCAUCAGACUACAUCCCCCGCGGCCCAACAUCUGCCGAACUCACCUUCUACGCCCCUCCCGCCGACGACUCCGCGCCAUUCAACUACGUCGAAACCCCACCCCCAGGCCAACCCAAAUAUAACUACGGCUCCCAGACUGAAAGAAUCUCUCUAACCGACAUCCGCGGCAACGAAGACUCCUUCAAUCUAGACAAAGACUCCUUCCAAACCCUCCGAAACAUCCCCUCGGCAACCACAUACUCAACCUUCGACUCAGAAACCUCCAUCCGCGAAACAUACUACCCAGAAGUGGAAUCCCUCUUACUCAAACACGUCCCAAAUGCCCACAAAAUCAUCCUCUUUGACCAUACGAUCCGCCGCGCAAACCCCAAUUCCCCCCGUCAACCGGUAAACCGCGUGCACGUCGAUCAAACUCCCGCCGCAGCACUCGCAAGAGUAAACCUGCACAUCACAGACCCAGCCGAAGCAAAAGCCCUCUCUGAAGGUCGAUACAGAAUUAUAAACGUCUGGCGUCCACUCACCGCAGAACCAGUCCAAUCCCAGCCGUUGGCAUUUGCGUCUGCGUCCUCGGUAGACGAAAAUGAUUUAGUGCCUAUUCAGCAUCGAUAUCCGGAUCGGACUGGUGAGACGAUGGGUGUUAAGUUUAAUCCGGGCCAGAAAUGGUUUUAUUGGUCUGGUAUGACCGGGGAUGAGAGGUUGUUGCUUAAGUGUUCGGAUUCGCAGGGGUAUAGGGAUGGGGAUGUUGCGCAAUGGGUGCCUCAUACGGCGUUUACGGAUGGGAGGACGCCCGUAGGGGCGAGGCCAAGGGAGAGUAUUGAGGUUAGGGCCUUGGUUUUUGGGUGA